GAUACUUAUCAUGUUAUUUUUUUAAGAGUAUAUGUUCUCUUUUGUACGCAAUAACAUUUCUGGAUGUUAAAUCUGUAAUCUUGUGGAUUUACAAUUUAAGUCAAAAUGGAUGACAAACUUACUACGUUAAAUAAAUCUUUUGGAAAUAACAUCAGCUCCAAAUGUUUCGUCACGGCACAAUUUGCCAAAUCAGACACAACUAAUCACUCGGUUAAUCUAAACAGAGAUGAAACAUUGGCCCAGGCUGAAAUUUCUGUUCAAGUAGUGAUUUUUGUGCUUGCUGUUUUCGGAAAUGCAACUGUUUUAGCAGUUUUGUUACCCAGAAAAAAGUCUAGGAUGUAUUUGUUCAUGAUGCAUUUAAGUUUAGCAGAUCUUUUUGUUGCCUUCUGCAAUGUCCUUCCACAACUCAUAUGGGAUAUAACUUACGUUUUCAUUGGAAACGAUAUUUUGUGCCGUUUUGUGAAAUACUUACAAAUUGUCGUUAUCUAUGCUUCAUCAUAUGUAAUGUUAAUGUCGGCCAUAGACAGGUAUAUUGCAAUUUGUCAUCCAUUUUUCAGUCAUAAGAUUCGUUCGGGAAGAGUUCAUCUGAUGGUAUUUAUCGCCUGGUGCUUGUCACUCAUUCUUCCAGUACCACAACUCUUAAUAUUUUCAUACAAAAGGCGAGAGGAUGGACAAUAUGACUGCUGGGCUACAUUUGAUCCAGCUUGGACACUUCAACUUUACAUUACAUAUUUUACAUUCAGUGUAUACAUUAUACCGAUGAUUAUUUUAACUUUCUGUUAUGGUCGAAUUUGUUUCGUUGUUAUCAAAAGGAGCCAUAGGAAUGAGCAGCUUGUCCUCAGCAGACGAAUAUCCAGUUCCUCUAUUUAUCAUGACAAUAUUCAAGACAGGAAUAUACAGGCUGUAAAGUUCAGUGUAAAAGUGGAGACAUGUCGGGCAAAUGGCAUUUCUAGAGCUAAAAUUAAAACUGUGCGAUUGACCUUGGCUGUGGUAUUGUGUUAUUUUAUCUGCUGGACCCCUUUCUUUCUGUUCCAACUCUGGGCUGCCUACGACCCUUCAGCUCCAUACACAAGUACGGCAUUUGUCAUUAUUUUGUUAUUAGCCAGUUUGAACAGUUGUACAAAUCCCUGGAUCUACCUUGCAUUCAGUGAUGGCUUCAUGGACAGAAUAAGGCGCUGGAAGACAGGUCAACAACCCACCUCACACUGUGCCCUGAGUGGAUUUCCUAUACAAACAACAACAGACGGGGCCUUUUUAUAAGGUGCAAGACAUUCACUAGAAGACAAUCU